GCUUGUUGAGGUCCGUCCUCCGUCCCUGUCGGCUGGCUGUUCCUCGGACAGUGUCUGCCCCUUCCAGCCUCCUGUCUCGUGGGGCGUAUCGUGCGUACUCCCAACCGGCGGAAAACGAUCCGGCUGUCAACAAUGAUCGACCCCACGCGUCUAACGGGCCCUCGGCGCAGCCUCGAAAGCCGAAAAUGGUCGUCGACCUCGGGGCAUCAGACAACCUGGCUAAAGCUCAAGGACCGGCAGCGGCCAUGAUGGAUGAGGAUGCUCUCUAUAUCACCCACCCCAGUGAGGGGCCCAGAAAGCUCAUGCAUCGUCUCCUGCGCGAUGUCUGUAAAUGCCCACAAUGCGUCGAUCCACACUCCAAGCAGCGCAACCAUCGCACCAGUGACAUCUCGCCCUCCAUUCAACCGCGGGAGAUCAAGUGGAACGGCCGGGUGCUCGAGGUGAAGUGGAUCAACGACCUCCCCGGGUUCGACGAAUCGCACACCUCCCGGUAUACCUGGCGGGAACUGACCGAGGCGCACCCCAACGACCUCCACAGCACGAGCGGGCUGGGAAGACGGCGGCAGCUCUGGGACAAGGCAGUCAUGGAGAAGCGCCAACACUGGGUCUCAUUCAACAAGUACAUGAACGACGAGCCGAAAUUCAGCGUCGCCAUGCGCCAGCUCGCGUCGCAGGGCCUGAUCUUCGUCAAGGGCAUCCCGGACUCGCGCGAAAUGGUCGAGCGCAUCGCCACGCGCAUGGGCCCCCUGCGCAACACCUUCUACGGCUCCACCUUCGACGUGCGCACCGUGCCCAACGCCGCCAACAUCGCCUACACCAACGGCUUCCUCGGCUUCCACAUGGACCUGAUGUACAUGAACGAGGUCCCGGGGUACCAGCUGCUGCACUGCCUGCAGAACUCGUGCGACGGCGGCGAGUCGCUCUUCGCAGACGCCUUCUGCGUCGCCGAGUACAUGCGCUCGCGCCACCCCGAGGAGUUCAAGGUCCUGACCAACCUCUUCCUGAGUUACGAGUACAACCACGAGAACCACGUCUACGGCAACUACCGCCGGGUCUUCGAGACGGCCUACCCGGGCGGACCCGUCGUCCACGUCAACUACUCGCCGCCCUUCCAGGGCUCCUUGCUCACCAGCCAACCGCUGCGCCGUCCCGGAGCCCUGGACGCCGGCAUGGCCGCCCUGAAGGUCUUCGCUGACCUGCUCCAGAAGGAGAGUAACAUCUUCGAGCUGAAGCUCAACCCGGGCGAGUGCGUCAUCUUCGAGAACCGCCGCAUCGUCCACGCCCGCCGCCAGUUCAACACCGCUACCGGCCAGCGCUGGCUGGCCGGCGCCUAUGUCGACGAAGACGACCUGCGCUCUCGGUUUGCCGUUAUGAGACGGAAGUAUUCGGCGGACUGGGCUUGAUUGGCCAGUUUGAGCUCAUUAGCUCGCGCUGUCAUCUUAUUUUGCAGCCAUCUCGGUUUUAGUCAUGUAAAAAGAGGAAGAUAUACCAUGUGUUUAUAGCGAUGUGGUCAACGAUAUCUUAGAAGUCAUUGCCUGUAAAUAGUUCUUGUCUGUAAAUGGUAC